AUGUCAGCAUUAAAUGGUAACAUUAAAUCGGAUACAAAAGUUGGUUCAAUGAGAGAAGAUACAAUCAAUGAAUUUAAUGAACAAGAAACUAAUAAUACGACAGGCGCAGUUGCUAAUAAUCCGAUAGCACCAACUCCAGAGGUUUUGAAAAAAAGUUUUAUUAAGAGAUUAUUUAAAAAAGAAAAAAAGGAGAACGAACUUGUAGUCAAGAAGAAACCUGCAGGACCAAAACUAAAAACAUUUGAAAUUUAUAAAUUUGCUGAUAAACUGGACAUAUUACUUAUGAUUUUCGGUACUAUUGCAGGUUUGGCAACUGGUGCAUUGAUGCCAAUGAUGAUGUGGUUAUUUCAAAGUGUAAUGAAUGGUUUACUUGAUACAGCCAAACAGAAUACAACAUCUACUAAUUGUUAUACUAAUCCAGUUUCGACUGGUGGUCCUUUCUCAAUAAUUCAAGGUUUAAUUAAAUGGUAUGUAACAUUAGGUAUAUCGAGUAUUGUUGUUUAUUGGAUAGCUUAUGCUUCUUGGAUGAUUGCAUCUGAACAACAAUCACGUCGAAUCCGGUAUGCACUUUUUGAAAAUAUCAUGAGACAAGAAAUGGGUUGGUUUGAUUGUCGAAAUGCCGGUGAAUUAUCCAGUCGUCUUGUUGAUGAUCUUGAAAAUAUCCGAGAGGGUAUUGGUUUUCGUGUAGCUGAUUUUAUUUGUUUGCUAUCGCGAAUAAUUGGUCUAUUGAUAUUUGCUCUUUGUACCGGUUGGAAGUUAACGCUUGUUUUUCUUUCGAUUUCGCCAUUGAUUAUCCUCACAUUUAAUAUUUUAAUUCGAGUUAUGGUUAAAUUUACUAUAUUAGAAUUAAAAGCUUAUAGUACAGCAAACUCAAUUGCACAAGAAGUUUUAGGCGCAAUAAGAACUGUAACAGCAUUUAAUGGACAAGCUAAAGAAAUACAACGAUAUGAAAAGAAUUUGACCGAAGGCAGACGUGUUGGGAUUCAAAAAGGUAUAAUGAUAGGAACAACACGAGCAUUAUCUGGUAUUAUUAUGAAUGGUGGUGUUGCGAUCGUCUUUUGGUAUGGUCCAUAUUUAAUUCGAACUGAAUGCCAAAAUUAUUCUGCUGGUCAUUGGAUUGUUAUAUUAAUAUCUUGUUUAGCAGUGACCGGUACAUUAACAAGUUUAACACCAAAUUUACAAGCUUUUGCGGAAGCAACCGGUUCUGGUGGAUAUGUGUUUGAAAUAAUUCAACGCAAAUCAAAAAUAAAUAUAUUUAGUGAUGAUGGAAAAAUUCCAUCGAAAUUUACGGGAGAUAUUGAAUUUAAAAAUGUUCAUUUUACAUAUCCAUCACGACAAGAAGCAUCUAAUCUUAAUGACUUAAACAUAAAAAUUCCAUCGGGAAAGACUGUAGCACUUUGUGGUCCAUCUGGUUGUGGUAAAAGUACAUUAAUUCAAUUGAUUCAACGAUUUUAUGAUCCAGAACAAGGAGAAAUUUUAUUGGAUGGUCAAGAUAUACGUUCAAUUAGUUUGAAGUGGUUACGAUCAAAUAUUGGUAUUGUUUCACAAGAACCUGUUCUAUUUUUUGGUACUAUUGAAGAAAAUAUUCGAUUUGGAAAACUCGAUGCAACAAAUGACGAAAUCAUUGCUGCUGCUAAAAUGGCGAAUGCACAUGAUUUCAUUAUGCAAUUGCCACAAAAUUAUAAAACAUCAUCAGGUGAUAAAUUAAGUGGUGGUCAAAAACAACGAGUUGCUAUUGCACGAGCUUUAAUUUCCAAUCCAAAACUUUUACUACUUGAUGAAGCAACAUCAGCUUUAGGUAUUGUAUUGAAUAAUAUACAUUUUUCAAUGGUUAGAUUCUCUUCUUCAGAUAAUCAAGGUGAAAAACUGGUUCAAGACUCAUUAGAUAAAGCUAAAGAAGGUCGAACAACUAUAGUUAUAGCACAUCGGUUAAGUACAAUAAAAAAUGCUGAUAUUAUUUUUGGGUUAGAUCAUGGAAAAGUUGUUGAAUAUGGCAUACAUAAUGAACUGAUGCAACAUAAUGGACUUUAUUAUGAAUUAUUUACUGCUCAAAGUGAAAAAGAGAAAGAAGCAGAAGUCAAUAGUGAUCUAGAUGAUGAAAAUAAAGAAGAAUUAACUAAACUAACCGAGAAAUCAACAACGAAUAAUAUACGUCGUCAAUUAUCGAAUAUAUUAAAACGUUCAUCUAUUAUUUCAACAAAAUCAGUUGCAUCUGAAGUUAUUAGUGAAUUAGGAAAUGAUGUUGAAACAACUAUGAAUACAGAAAAUAAAUCUCGAUCACGUAUGCCAAUUUUAUUUGAAAUUCUGAAAUUAAAUUCUCCUGAAUGGUUUUAUCUUUUACUUGGUGGAAUUGCUUCGCUAAUUUGUGGAGGAGUUGUGCCAGCAUUUUCUUUACUAUCCUCCAAUAUUUUUGGUGCAUUAGCUGAACCUGAUUUACAAAAACAAACAGAUCAAAUACGAGUUUAUACAUAUGUAUUUUUCUUAGUUGGUGUUGCUACUGCAAUCAGCCAGUUUGUCUCAUCAGUUAGUUUAGCUAAAGCAGGAGAAGAAUUAACAAUGCGUAUGAGAAUAUUAUCUUUUAAAUGUAUGCUGCAACAAGAAAUUGGAUGGUUUGACUUGGAUGAAAAUAAUUUGGGAGCAUUAGUUACACGACUAUCAUCAGAUGCAGCUUCCCUCAAGGGAUUUACUGGACCUACACUUACUUCACUUUUCAAUACAGUUGGGGCAUUAAUUGUAGCUCUUAUAAUCAGUUUUUCAGCUGGAUGGAAGCUUACACUAGUUAUUUUGUGUUUUACUCCAUUGUUGAUUUUUUCCGGUGCUAUUCAAGGUCAACGACUUUCUAAAGCAUCUGGAAAAAAGAACAAAACAACAUCGAAUGCUGAAGAUGGAGGAAAACAUGCAACACAAGCUAUUGAAAAUAUUCGUACAGUUGUUUCACUUCAUCAAGAAGAACAUUUUAUUCAAUUAUAUGAAGAAGCAUUUGAUCGUGAUUUUCGAGAUCGUAUGUUUCAUCUUCAUUAUAUAUCUUUUGCUAAUUCUGUUUCAAAUUCCCUGAUGUUUUUUAUUCAAGCAACAGCAUUUGGCUAUGGUAUUACACUUGUUAAAAGUGGAGAAAUGCAAUUUCAAAAUGUCUUUCGAAUUUUUGGCGUUAUAACAUAUACAUCACUGACUCUUGGAAGUUGUGUAUCUAUGAUACCAAAUUAUUUAAAAGGCAAACAAAGUGCCAGGCGUAUUUUUCAAUUAAAUAACCGUCAAUCAAAAAUUGAUCCUAAUAAUUCAUCUGGCAUUAAACUUUCGGAAGUCACUGGACAUAUUGAAUUCCGAGAUGUUCAAUUUCAUUAUCCAGCUCGACCAAAACUUCGUGUAUUGCGUCAUUUCAAUUUAGUUUGUAAUUCUGAUGAAACAACUGCUUUUGUUGGUGCAUCCGGUGGCGGAAAAUCAACAACUAUCGCAUUAAUACAAAGAUUUUAUGAUCCAUGUGCUGGUACAGUUCUUCUUGAUGGACAUGAUAUAAAAACAUUAAAUAUUCAAUGGCUACGUUCAUUAAUUGGUCUUGUACAACAAGAACCAGUUCUUUUCGAUCUUUCGAUUCGUGAGAAUAUUGCAUAUGGUGACAAUAGUCGACAAAUAACACAAGAUGACAUUGAAGCAGCAGCGAAAAAAGCAAAUAUUCAUGAAUUGAUUGCAUCAUUACCAGAGGGAUAUGAAACCUCGUGUGGAGCUAAAGGUGGUCAAUUAUCUGGUGGACAAAAACAGCGAAUUGCUAUUGCUCGAGCUUUAAUUCGUAAUCCAAAGAUUCUUCUUCUUGAUGAGGCAACAUCAGCAUUAGAUAAUAAAAGUGAAAAAAUUGUUCAAGAAGCAUUAGAUCAAGCGCGAGCAGAUCGAUCAUGUAUAACAAUUGCACAUCGUUUAUCAACAAUUCGAAAUUCAGAUAAAAUUUGUGUUGUAGAUCGUGGACAAAUUAAAGAAACUGGUCAUCAUGAGGAAUUACUUCGACAACAUGGAAUUUAUUAUAAAUUAAAUAUGGCGCAAGAACAACCAGAUGAGGAAGAAGACAAUUAA